UUCUUCACAAGCGUCGCAACUGAACUCUCAACCUCCUGUCUGUAUUCUUACAGGGAUCCCAGCUGAUAUAACUUGUACGUCGUUGGAAGCAGUACACAUCAAGUCAACGACAUCAACGACGAUGUCACGUUACCUACUACUGUGUCUAACUCUUGGCGUGGCCUUGGAUAUGGCUACUCCGGAGGAAGGGCAAUUCUGGCACAUCACGGACCAUCAUUUCGACCCAACAUACUGGUCUGAAAUGCGGUCCUGUAAUGACAAGGUUCCGGUACGUGGUAUCUACGGCGACUACUGGUGCGACUCUCCAUGGCGCCUCGUCAACGACAGCGUCGCCGCAAUGGCCAACGUUAAACGUGACGUCGAUUUCAUCGUCUGGACAGGGGAUAACGUGGCCCACAUACAGAACCAGUUUCUCAACCAAAGCCUAAACUUGAAGAUCAUCGAGAAGAUAACAGACGCCUUAAAGUCCGAGUUUCCAGGUGUCCCAGUUUACGGCACGAUGGGCAACCAUGACUGGUACCCCGCUGACCAAUUCCCGGUACAGCAGGCGUUCCUGUAUAACGCUACAGCUGAACUGUGGAGAGACUGGAUCGGGGACAAGGAACAGAUCGAGAACUUUAAGAAAGGCGGCUUCUACACAAUAAAGACAACCAAAGGCCUUAGGAUCGUAGGUCUGAACACUGUCCUCUACUAUACCGCAGAUAAACUGACCCCAAAAUUGACAGACCCUGCUGGACAGUUCGCCUGGUUGGAGGAAGUUUUUCAGAACGCCACGAAUGCCGGGGAGAAGGUCAUGCUGACUGCCCACGUGCCCCCUGGUAUUAAGGUCCCGGGUAAGGUUCUGUGGUUCUACGAGCAAUUCAACACCAGAUUGCUUGACCUUGUCCAGAAAUACUCGGACGUCAUCCCUGCGAUGUACUUCGGACAUGACCAUGCUGAUGGUCUCAAGCUGGUACUGAAGAAGGAUGGGACACCGGGUGUUCCAAUGUUCAUCGCACCAUCGGUGACACCCUGGCGCUACAAGAGCAGAACAGAGUCGGGUGCCCCACACAACCCAGCCAUCAGACUGGUGAAAUACAAUCAGCAAACUGGCGAGGCCCUAGAUUAUAUUCAGUACUACAUGAAUCUAACAGAGAGCAACGAGGUCAACGCGUCGACGUGGAAGGUCGCAUACGACGCCAGCACAACCUACCGCGUCAGCGACCUAGCAGCUGCAUCUGUCAGCAGGGUUGUCCAGCAGAUGAGCACAGACAGAAACCUUCUGAACAAUUACAUCCGAUUCAAUACCGUUCUUGCUAAUGGUAAUUCAACAGUCGAUGAAUGUGAUGCAACCUUGUAGAGCUGAGUAUAUUUGUAGUUUCACUCAACAUACCCGUGAUCAGUUUAAUAUUUGUGUCACCAUUCAAAUGAAGGGUGUGUUGAUCGGCUAACUUUGUCCUUUCAUUAAGAUGGACCAAAGCAUGUCAAGAGAUUUAUUCGAAUAAACGGUUUAUGGUACGUUGUUUAUGAAGAUUAAAAAAAUAAAGAACCA